AGUUGGGAGAGACGAUGCCUGAGAAAGCACAGGAGGAGAGCAGAUGACGAGUGAGUUAAGAAUAGGAAAAAUCUAUAAUAUGAACGUCAGUGUUUAUUCUGCAGCGCAUGUUAGUUUCAAAGGACAAAUUAUUUGUGUUUGUUCUCCAGAGGAUGCAGUGCCAAAAAGAGGAGGCUGAUGGGAGAGGCAGGAUGUGAUCCUUUGGAUGACCUCAGCCCUAAUGUGUGUCAGAUCUGGCCACCAGGCAACAACUGCUCCCCUCUACCUGAAUCAGCCAGCCAAGCACCUCCCCAGCACUGCCUGGGGACUCAGAACCUGGAGCUGCCCAUAUCCGGGUCUCCCUCCCAUCUGGCCCGUCCAGAAGCAGAAGGCUCCUGCAUCGAGGUGGCGACUGCUCAUAGGAGACUGCAGGAGAUUGAGGAAAGGUUAGCUAUGAGAGACCUUAUGAGGGCAAUGUGAGAGAUUCCAGUUUCUGUUACUGUCCAUAACUCAUCAUAAUUUCAAUAUGCAUUGUAACUGAAUAUAACUUGUAUUAGCAUUAUCACCAUUUGUUUUGUCUGCACCGUGCACUACACACUCUGUCAUACAGUGAAGUUAGUCUGUUUCUGUCAGGAUCACCCUGGAGGAUGAUGAUGAUGAUGAUGAUGAGGACCUGGAUGUAGAGCCAGCACCCAGGCGGCCAGUGCUGGUGAUGUCUGACAGUCUGAGGGAGGGGCUUCAGCGUGGCAUCAGUGACAUUCUCCCCCACACUGUGGCCCAGUCUGUGUAAGUAUUCCUCUCCUUCUCAUCCCCCACCUCAGAGGAACAUUUCAUUCAAGUACCUACCUACCCACAGGGUUCAAUGGUAAUACAUACUUUUUUUGCAUACAUUUUGGGGGGAGUUAUUUUUUUCUAUAGGCUGGUACAACAAUUAAAUAUACAAUUUAGGUCCUUGAACAUUACAAUUAAGUGCUUGAAAAAGUCCUUGAAAGUCAUUUUUAUUUGACUUGCCAAUGUCUGUAUGAACCCUGUAUAGGCUACUUGCUCAGCCCGUAAAUGAAAGAUAAAAUCACCUGCUAUUGAAAUUAUGCACGUAUCAUUCGCUUUCCGGUCAGAUCUUGACCCGGGACAGUAUUUUUCUCAUUCGGGCCAGUAGCUUUCAGUUGGCACUGGGAAAUCAUGAUUAUUUGCAUCAAUCCAGUGGCCAUUUGUUUUGAAAACUCCAUCACAUUGUGUGCUACAGAAACACCACUAGCGAACACAACUGUCUGGCUGGUGUGAACCUGAAUUAAAGGGUAACUACACAAAGAAAUAUAAAUGUCUCAAGUUUUUCCCAGACCUAAAGAAUUGCCCCUGAUGUGGUUUAAGCAUUGUUGUGGAUUUAGAACAUCCCAUUUUGUUUUUCUAUUAAAAAAAAGAAAUCACAGUCCUUCUCCCCGCUUUCCUUUUGUUGUUGCUGUGGUAUCAAGUAUCGUUUUUUCAAAUUCUGCUCUCAAGGAUUUUGCAAAAAAGAACACGUGGCACUUUAAAAUCUGCAAUAAAUACAUUUAACAGUCUCUUUUCUUUGCUGUUACAGUAAAUCUAUCCAAAUCAAUGUAAGCACUCAAGGGUAUGGUAAUUUAAAAGAUGGCUAGUCAUUAGCCUGGUUCUGUAUGGAAUGCAGGCACAUUAUGGGACACGGGCCAGAUCAUUCUUAAAACAAUUCUUACAAAAAUUGGUGUGAACAAAUCAUGUGCUGGUGCCACCAACUGAAAAGGUUGGUAGCAUCAGUGGCAACAGUGGGAAAAGUUAGUAUAGAACCCUGACCCGUCUGUCAUGGUGGCCAGUAGUGAAUAAACGUUAUACCUUUUGGAGGUGUUCACUAUUUGUUUCUCUCUUUCAGUCCCAUCGACUCACCUGUUCCUCUCCUGUUCCCAUAGGAGCCACUCCUGUAUGGAGCUGGUAGUAUGGCGCCUCCCAGAGGAUGCGCUGGCCCGAAAGCUGAAAGACUCCCUGCAGAGGAAGCAGCAGACUACCAGCAGGCAACCCCCGACCCCCAGUGCCACUCCUACACCUCAGAUUCCCUCCACCCCCACAAACCCCCCAGGGGAGACGUACUCCCCUCUGUACUGCAGCCCAGGGGCCGGGGCCCACAGCUCUGGAGAGGAGGACAUGGAGCUGUAG